AAAAUUCCAACUCUCAAUCGUUUUUAAAGUCCAAACAUUAGUCGCUGCAAAUUCCUGGAAAUUAACUUUCCGUAGUACUCCUAAAACCUUCAUCUUCCAUUGUGACGACUUUCAAUUUUCACACUCUUAACUUCGUAAACCCUUUCCAGAUAAGCAGAUAUACCAUUAAUUCCAACUUCUUUGCAAAAUUCUGUUUGUUUCUCAGGAAAAUCCACGAAUUCAUAUCCGCUUUUGUUGAAUUCUAUUCUUACAUGUUGUGUUUCCAGCAGAAUAAAUACGUUGAUCGUUUUCACUGAUAACCAAUCGACUUCACCCCUAUAAACAACUCGACCCGGCCGGCCAAUGCCCAUGGAUAGAGACGGAGAAACCGCGAGAUCGCCAGUCGUCCUUUCAAUCGAGUGCCUGAAAGGCAGCUCCAAAGCCGACGAAUGGACCAGAGAUAUGCUCCAGACGGGAGACAUCGUGGAGGAGAUCCAGAUAGGUUCUAAUUCCAGGUCCGGCGGGACGACGUUAUGCCCUCCUUUCAAGAACGGGAAGAGCGGGGUGCAGAAGAUUCUUCAGUCCUCGUUCAAGAAGAAGGAGACGUCGAUUCUGGUCCGAGUGAGGCGGGGCAGCGACGAGUUCGCUCAGUUGCAGGGGUGCAUCGUGCCCAACGAAUCGAGUGGGAAGAAGCAGUACGUGUUGAGGUCCAUUGGAGAUCCGAAUUACGCCGUCGGGUUUGCUGAUCGAACCGAGUCCGAGUGCUUCGGGUUGCAAGCUUCAAGGAGCACGAGGAUGGUCAGUGCACUGUAUAGGACAAAACUACAGGAUGGAUAUGUCUCCUAUCCGUGGGAGAAAAGGAUGCAAGAAGUACUUUUGAUAGCAAACUCAAGUUGCUUUCUUUCCAUUCUUCUGCUUCCUAAAGCUUCCGAUCAAGUGGCUUCUCGAUACAAUGACCUGGAGGAUACUCUUGCUCGAGCAAAUGCCUGGCUAAAUGCAUCUCGGUCUUCUGGGGUACCCAUUGCCUUCGUGAAUAUCCAGACUGAGUCCCUUCUUACUAAGAUCUCUGGAGAGACGGCCUCCUCUACCGUGAAUGCAGGAUCAUUGUCUGAUUUAUCAAAUCUUGCGAAUGCAAGUCUGUAUGGUUUUGAGGAUUACCAUGGAAUCGACAUUGGUGUUGUCCGAGCUGUUCGUCUCUGGUAUUCUCCAAUUGGAGGAGAAAUUCCAAUUGAGAUCAAGCUAGAAGAAGAUGAUUCAAGGCUUGGAUUUGCCAUUAGUCGGACAGAAGAGGGAUUCAUCUACAUUUCUUCAGUUAUUGAGGGCGAUGAAAACGUACCGUCAACAAGAUCAGGAAUAAGUGAUCUUUACAAGGAAGCAGAAAGUGCAUCCAAGCUACUGGUUGUCUCAAGAGUAUCAAACCAGAAGGUCCUUCCAUGGAUGGUCUCUUCAACUGGAGCAGUUCGCUGUUUCGAUACAGUUUCCCUCAGCCAGAAGCUCUCACUACACCGGCAUGCCAAGGUGCCAGUUCUUAUUCAUGUGUUGCUGUGCGAUAAAGCAUUGGCUUCCCAGAGCGGAGGAAGUUCCAGAUUUGAAGCAUCCUCUCCAACUCGAUUACCCCUGCCACCUGAAGUUAGACUGUCACGCAUUCCCAACGAGAACCAGAUACUGCCUCUGCCGCCUGAAGUUCCAGAUGAAAGCAGCACCAUGAAUGAGCAAUCAGAGCUCAGACUCCAGCGAGACACUGCUGGGGAGGUCUCCUUCAGGUUCCACAAUUUUUCACUUCCAAACAACUGGGUCUGAUUUUCUUUUCUGUUUUACAUAUGCAACGUCCUUUGGUACAUAUACUAGCAAUAGACGGUUUGAUACAGAAAAUCCAGAAUAAACUCAUGAAAAGUGGUCUUCUUUUUUUUUUAAUCAACAAAGUGUAAUGUUUGUCCCAUACAUAUAACAUAGUUAUCAAUUUC